AUGGGCGAGGAGUACGCGCGCUCCCCUUGCGAGCGCUUCCCGGCUGUGGGCGCGUUCAGCGUGGCGCCGCCGGAAAGGCUCAGCCCGCCGCCGCCCGCGCCAAUACCGGAUCGGUUUUCGGCGUCGCCGCGGCGGGUGCGUCGGAGUGCAGAAGUCGAGCGUGCACGAAGACCUCGAUAUGUGCCACCUGCAGCACACGUACCCGUCGAACGGUACGUGCCGCGACCUCCGGUCCCAGUGCGUCCACCACCACCAGUGUACUGUGGAUUGGCGUGCAGGCCUCCUCCACCAGCAUCACGCAAAUGUUGCGGACCCGCGUGCCGCGAGGAUAUAGCUGGUUCGCCACCUCCUCGUUACGUGGAUUAUGUUGGAGCCGCGGCCGCGCGCCGUCUCGCUUGCACGCCACCGCCUCCGCCACCUCCAGCUCUCCAGCUACCCUGCGAGCAACAAGAACCACCGUGUUGUGUGCAAGCUCGUCGUCGACCUCAGCCUCCACAUGAUUGGUAA